AUGGCUUCAUCCCACAAGCAAGAAACACGAUCCUGCAGACAGGUCGGCUCAAUCCCACAGAAGAGAGGCCAUCUAGCAGACAGAAUGGCUUCAUCCCACGAGGAAGAAAGCCGACCCCGCAGGAUGGCUCAAUCCCACAAGGAAGAGACAGAUCCUGCAGGCAAGAUCGCUCCCCACAGAAGAGAGACAAUCCAACAGACAGAAUGGCUCAAUCCUGGAAGACGUGAGACGAAUCAGAUGAAAGGCCCAACCCCAUGCAUGAACUCAGUCGAAACGAGACCCGAGUCCACCGAAAGAGACACCCCAUGA